AUGGGGUUCUCUGAAACUUACUGCUCAUUCUGUGCAGGUCCUCUCUCCGAUGCCUACGUCGAGUGGCGCCGGUAUCUCGUUGGUUAUCCCCCUACUUCUAAAUGGCCCCCAGGAGACGGUGAAUGGGGAUACAAUCCUCCAGGUUAUCCGGUUCCAGAGGCGCCCGUAGACGACAUUGUCCGGAUCUCUCCUGAAGAAGGCAAGUACUGGAAGGAUGUUGUGAGCGUCGGACCUGAGUGGCCAGAAGACUGGGUCUCGCCUCCGAGCGAUUACAGUGACUGGGGUAACAUCUACGUCAAAGACGACGACGACGAAUGGGUUCUACUGGACCCACAAUCGCCACACAUUUGUAUUCCCCUCCACCGCGGGUGCCUCUCUUUCUUAUGUCGUCGCGGCAACGUUACGCCUUCUCAAUUCUGGAAGUCUCUCUACAAGCCAGCAGCGGGACGUCCACGCUCCGGCGGUCUGAAUUUCAAUGGUCCUAUUUUCGCCGUUGGGUAUUACGACAUGGAUGGACGGAAUAACCAAGCGUUUGGCUAUGCCGUCUUGAGAAUCACGGAGGCCCGAUGGGACGACCCGGACACAAUGGAAGACACCGUCUGGCUUCUCAGCCCGCCAACCAUGCUCCCUCUCCCCGAAUGUCUCGAUACGCAUUGGUCAGAAGCAUCGCGGGCUCAGUCAAGCGAGCACGCUGCGUGCAUGAAGGUCUUCGGCAUCCCAGAACUGUUGGACGCCAUCCUCUUCGCAGUCGUCGACCUGCCCGUCUCCGUUGCAGCUGCAGAGCUCUCCACGGACGUCACGCAUACCAUCUUCGAUCCCCCCUCUCUCGUAUCCGCUACGAAGACGAUCCUUGCACUUUGCCAGGUCAACCGUUUUUUCUGGGAAGGGAUCAAUCGUUACCGUCAAGGAUUAUUCCUGCGACUCGCAUGGCAAUACGGAUGGAUGCUGCCGUGUUCCCCAGUCGAAUGGCAGGCCUGGAAAGGCCGCUGCGAUACCCUCGACCUGCGCCUCGAGCAGCCGUACGACUGGCGAUCAUACCUGCUCACGUUCCUCCGCAAGGAAGAACGACAUGUGAGGAACCGAUGGCGCAUGCAUCGAAUGAGCGUGCAGUUCGCCCGGGGCUAUCGUUACACAGCGGCGCAAGUCGGUCGGGAUAUGGAAUGGAGCCUAGGUCAGCUAGGCUUGCGUAGCAGUCUUAGCCCGCCGGAUGCGUGGCCAUGGGAGCAGUCCGCGUAG